AUGUCUACCGAGUCUACUCUUCCUACAUAUGAUGAACUCCCAGUUGAUCCCAAUGCCCCUCCUCAUACUGCUUGGGGACUUUGGGGAGAGGAUGAUAACCUCGGUACCCUGAACUUAUUGACCCCUGACAAGGUUGUCAAGGCUACUUCCUUAGUUAGUCGCGGUGAUGUAUUUGCUCUUAACUGGAAACUCGAGAAUCCUAACAUGGGCAUGCUUAACCGUGAUGCAUGCACCCACAUAAUCAAGCCUAUACACGGUGAUAUGGUUUUUGAUGAUGUCUAUGAUGGCUUCAACACUCAAGCCUCAUCUCAAUGGGAUGGUCUUCGUCACUUCUGUCUGUCAACCUCUGGUCAAUUCUAUAACAACACCAGUGCUGAAGAAAUCAAGGAUCCUAAGAAUGGUAAAAUUGGUGUCCAUCACAUGGCUCGCCGCGGUAUUGUUGGUCGGGCUGUACUGUUAGACUUUGCUCGUUGGGCCGAAGUUAAUGUCCCUGAUUACGAUGCAUUCACGCGUUAUGAAAUUACUGUGGAAGAGCUUGACGCUGUUGCUGCACACCAAGGUGUCACGUUUGAAGAAGGUGAUAUUUUACUGCUGCGUACUGGAUGGACCGCUCGCUAUGAAGUGAAGAAAGCCGAAGACACCCUACCUGUUCUGAAUGCCGCUUUAGGUGAAUUGCCUGACAGUGCUGGUCUCAAAUUUAGUGAGGAUACCUUUAGAUGGGUGUGGAACCAUCAUUUUGCAGCAAUUGCCUCGGACAACAUUGGUGUUGAGGCUUUACCCUUCAUUAACCCUUAUGCUGGAACAUAUUCCAUGUUUCUGUCCGGUUGGGGUAUGCCUCUGGGUGAAAUGUUCUUCCUUGAGGCUCUUGCCGAAGAUUGUGCCAAAGACGGUGUAUACCAGUUCUUCUUCUCCAGCGCACCACUCAACAAAUUUGGUGGCGUAGCUUCUCCUCCUAAUGCCCUUGUUAUCAAAUAG